AUCAGGAUUUAGAGCGUUCAGGACGGAAACUGGAGCCUGGGAAAAGCGCUGCAAACCCCGCUCAAGGAAUGGAACACACCCGGAACUCGAGUUCCUUAUUGAUUCAUCUAUAACACUCUCUGGUUUGUACUUGAGUGCAGCAUGUGUGCACGAAUGUGUAAUGUUGAACUUUAAAGAGGGCUAAAACAUGUCUGGUGUGGAAGUGGCCAAAGAGGAACUUAAGGAGAUAGACAUAUGGGACAUCUGCUCGGAUGAGGAGAGCGGAGUUUUUCUUAACUCAGGUGCGUCGUACUAUGACGGCUUCUCAGCGUUUCACAAAUGGGCUUCAAAAGGACGUUCAGUUUCGGACGGAAACUGUGAGUGCGCCAAAACAGCUUCGGUCUCACUGUGCAAGUGCGCAAAUGUGCCUCAUGGAGAAACAGCUGGAGAGAUCCGUAUGGAGAGAGCAGGAGGAUGUGUGUAUUCGGAUGAAGAGGACCUGAGAGCGUCCCGCUCAUCAUCUAUAGUGGACUGUCUGUUAGUGGAGCUUUAUGACACGUACAGUAAUAAUGUCAGAGAGGUCGACAGCUCGACCGAAGCCUCCAGCUCAGAUGCCUUCCUGGGCAGGAGUAACACUGGCUCCAACUUUCUCCAAGAACUUCAGGAGAAGCACACGAGGCGCCAUCAGAUGAAAUACCUGGCUCAAAAAGGUCUGGAGGAGCUGAAGUGGAUCAUUCAGGAAGUGAACUAUCGUAUUGGUGUGCAGUCAGCCAAACUGGUGCGUCAGGUCAAGAGGAAGGACAGACUUCGGCAGAAGUUUCAGAAGAACUGUGAUAUAGUCACUGCCUGCCUGCAAGCCGUCUCUCAGAAAAGACGGGUGGACACCAGAUUGAAGUUCACUAUUGAACCUUCUUUAUGCAAGAACGGGUUUCAACAAUGGUACGACGCUCUGAAGGCAGUGGCCAGACUCCCAGUAGGGAUUCCCAAAGAGUGGAGGAAGAGGGUAUGGCUGACCCUAGCUGACCAGUAUCUCCACAGUAUCUCCAUAGAUUGGGAGAAAACAAUGAGAUUUGCUUUCAAUGAUCGUAGCAAUCCAGAUGAUGACACUUUGGGAAUCCAAAUUGUGAAGGACCUGCACAGGACCGGCUGCAGUUCAUACUGUGGCCAAGAGGCGGAGCAGGACCGCGUGGUGCUGAAGCGGGUGCUGCUGGCAUACGCCCGCUGGAACAAGACUGUCGGAUACUGUCAGGGCUUCAAUGUUCUGGCUGCCCUCAUCCUGGAGGUCACAGAGGGAAAUGAAGGAGAUGCGUUGAAGGUGAUGAUCUAUUUGAUCGAUAAAGUGCUCCCCGAUAGUUACUUCGCCAAUAACCUGCGUGCCCUCUCAGUGGACAUGGCUGUGUUCAGAGAUCUGCUGCGACUGAAGCUUCCAGAACUUUCUCAGCAUCUCCACCAUCUUCAGAAAGUAGCCAAUCGGGAAGAAGGAGGGAGCUAUGAGCCUCCGCUCACCAACGUCUUCACCAUGCAGUGGUUUCUGACCAUGUUUGCCACUUGUUUACCCCAUCACACCGUGCUGAAGAUCUGGGACUCGGUCUUCUUUGAGGGCUCUGAAAUGCUGCUUCGUGUAGCUCUCGCCAUCUGGGCCAAACUUGGAGAGCGAAUUGAGGAGUGCCAGACUGCCGAUGAAUUUUAUAGUACUAUGGGUUGCCUGACGCAGGAAAUGCUGGAGCACAACCUUAUCGACUCCAGUGAACUCAUGCAGACAGUCUACUCCGUGGCCCCGUUCCCGUUCCCCCAGCUGGCUGAGCUCAGGGAGAAAUACACCUACAACAUCACCCCGUUCCCGACCCCUGUCAGAGCGAACAGCAGUCUUGCACUCCAUGGAUGGGAGAGUGAUGAUGAUGAUGCUGACAUGGAUGAUGAAGACUCUAUUGUCACUGCUCUGGGUUGCCUGGGGCCUCUUGGAGGACUUCUGGCCCCUGAGAUCCAAAGAUACCAAAAGCAUCUUAAAGAGCAGAGAGUAGAGCAGAGCUCUCACGGCAGUAACAUGGCUGAGCUGAGUCCCGGGGCGGUGGGCGCGGGGCGGGCCGAGCACCAGGCGGCCAUCAACAGCAUGAUGCUGGAGCGCAUGAGCACUGACAUCAGCGCUCUGAAGAAACAGUACUCGCGCAUCAAACAGAAACAACAGCAGCAGGCUGGGCUCCUGUACAUCCACACAGGACCUCGAGUGGAAGCUGAAACUAUUGAACCUCAUCAAGCCAGUAAACAGCAGAAGCACCACACUGAUAAGUGUCCAGCCACCAGUAUCCUUCCCUCUCAAAUCGGUCCCUCCCCUGUGGUCAACCAUCUUCUACUGGGCAGGAGGCCCAGACCUGGUCAGAGGUCCCCAAAGAAUGGGGUCAUCCAUAACGGUGAAGGUCCUCAAGCCCACUCCACACCGAGCCAAGAUCAGAUGAUUCGGGCCAGACAUCACUCGCCCUGGCGAACACAUGUGCGAGCGCACCGGAGGAACAUCGCCAGGGCACGGGCGCAACUCGGGUUUGAUGAUUCUCUGGAGAUAGAAGAUGAACAAAUGAGCAAAACAGAAGAAACUUCUGAAGAGGGAACACGCGAGGAUGAAGAGCAAGAAAAGGUGGAGACUGUAAGCUCCGAUAUCUCUCAGCAAGACCACAACUCUGGAGAAGGAGAAGAUCUCCAGGAGAUCAACAUGCACUUGUCUUCUUUGGAACUGGAACCAGAACUUUCAUCAGAAGCAGCUUCUGAUCCAACUCCACAACCAGAACUAGCUUCUGAUCUAUCUACAUCAUCUCCAGAACCAACUUCUGAUCCAUCUCCAUCAUCUCCAGAACCAACUUCUGAUCCAUCUACAUCAUCUCCAGAACCAACUUCUGAUGCACCUACACCAACUCCACCACCAGAACCACAGCCAGAGCCCAAACCCACGGCCUCAGCUCCGCUACCAUCCACCUGCCGUCCAGGUUCAGACUCCUCUAGCUCAGAAAGUGGAGGCUCCCUCAAAAGAAGCCCUACAACGUCAGCAGGAGAACCUCCGAAACCAAAGCAGAUCUUCUCCCCGUUCCCUUGCAUCAAAACCCCUCGCAAGUCCAUCACUGCCAGAAACCUGGGCCUCUACGGUCCAACUGCCAGGACUCCAAACGUGCACUUUCCCCAGAUGAGCAGAAGCAUGAACCAUAUUGGAAACACCACAAGGCGGCGAUGAUGAAUCGUCGACUACAUAUGACCACAUAUUUAAUUCUUCAUAUCAAUACAUUUGGGUUCAAAACUCCAACCACGAAAGCACAUCUCUAGUAUGGUUCCAGAUACUCCAGAACAUCUACAUUUAGGAACAAUAUUGGAUGAUUUAAUGCUUCCAUGAAGUUUAUAACAUGAAUUUAUGAAGGCUGUUUCUUGUGUUUUAUAUAUAUAUAUAUAUAUAUAUAUAUAUAUAUAUAUAUACCUAAACAU